UUCAAUUGGUAUUAGAUCUCAAAGGCUAUGCUUUUGCGGCCUGCACACGACGGAACUGAGAAUACGGCAUGGCCGACAUGUGUUAAAGGUUGUGCAUAAACGUUUUUUAAUUUUUCUUUUCUCCACUGCCAUGUGGCAACACAGAGCACACACAUUCAGUACCUCCAUAAAUUCGCAUACGGUGUCAGCAGUCUAUGCAUAUUUACUACAAGCCAUACAAGACUAUAAAAGCGUGUGUACGUCUUUGUGCAAAGCCCUGCUACCCUAGCUCCUGCUAUCGUCGCUGCUUCCCUCGCCAUAUUUCUGCAUACGCCACGUUUUUUUUCAUUCUUAUAUUCCUAUUCCUAUAUAUUCAUAUUUCCUUUUUCUAUAUCUCUUUUAUAUCUUUUUUAUAUCUCUUUUAUAUUAUCUUUUAUAUCUUUAUUACUGUAUCUAUAUAUAUAGCUUAAUUUCAGUGUAGUGCCGUGAUUCUUUUUUCUUUUAAGUUUUCUCUGUAAGUGCUUAUAUUAAUUUAUUUGUAUGUGUGUAUUCAGUGUAUAGUUCCUUCAUCUUUAAUUAUAUAUAUAUAACUUUUUUGAUUACUUUUUGUACUUUUGUAGGCUUCGUAUUUAUUUCUUUGUGUUAGUGUGCUUUUUAUAUUUGUCCUUAAAAAUGUCAGCGCCGACGCACGCGUAUGUGGAAUAUGAGGACGGAGGCAAGGCGAUCGUCUCGGUAAGCCUCAUAAAGGAUUUCAGUCCCAACGACAUGAACGAUUUGCCGUCCAACAAGCGCAUUUAUUGGAGAGACCAUGGAAAAGGCUUCGAAGGCGAUGAAGGUUACUACUCCGGCAACGUCAUGGUGUUGGGAUGUGGCAAAGCUGAUUUGAUUGCCAGGAUGUCAAAGCAGCACAAGCCUGUUCCCAUGGACGUGUUUGAGCAAUCGAGUGAGAGACAUCGCCACAAGCAGAAGCCAGCCCUCAAGGAUGUACCAACAAAGGAAAAGCGGCGCCGAGUAGAAAUUGCAAAAAAAUCAAGAAUGCAGAAGAUCCUUGAGAAGAAAUCUGCUGUUGGAGAUACGGACUCCAGCAGUGAAGAUGACUUGGUGCCCCUCAAGAUGCUGAAGAAAGCGGAAAAUGAAAUUGCUGGGCUGAAAAAAAAGUUAAGAAUAUCCGAGCAGCAGCGGAUUGAAGAGCGGCAGCAGAAUCAGAAACUCCACAGCUUACUCGAGGAGAGGAUGAAUUCCAUGGAGGCCUCCAUAAUUGAGGCACUAAGAAAAGAAGUUCAUGCGGCAAGGCUGCCUUCACAGGGUUGUGCUGCAAAUGUUUGCAGCAAUGCUUCGCAACAAACAGUCCGGGAAGCUCCCAUGAAGCCAUGUGAGGAUAAUUUCAUUCCGGAAAACUCCCGAAUGGCAAUUGAUGAACAAGAGUCUACCACGCUGUAUGAGGAUUUGGAUCUCGGCACUGCCCCAAUGGAUGGGGCACUGCCAGCUCAUUGCGAGUCGGCAAAGCCCAGCUGCGUACUUGGGCCUCGAGAAGAGGUGGCAGGCAGCCAGGUAGCCAGCCAUGUGCCUUCCACCCAUGGGCCAGUCCCAGUACGUGCAGAGCUGGGUGUGGAAGCCCCACUCUUCACACCAGUUGGUGGAAAGGUUCACAUUGGAAAUGGCCUAUUUAUCUGUGCCAACAAGUGGACGUGGGUCAACCAAGCAAAGACAGACAGCACAUUUGCCAGAGAGGUUGCCCGGUGCCUGUGGCAGCCACAUGAAUUGGUCGGCAGGAGCGUGACGGGCAAAAUUUGCAUGCGCAAAUUGAAGGAAGGUGGCGAGGCAAAGCCAGCGUUAACACCAGAAAAACUUGGUGCAGUUCGAAAGUCAUACGAGCACUUUGUGGCACAACAUCCAAGCGCUGUGGACACGGAGGCCAGGAGGCUCAAGGACUUCAACAAGCACCUGGCCACCAUGCUGCGUGAUGCCAAAUAAAGAUGGUUUGUGCUGCGUGCCC